UAGCGAAGUCCCAUUAUGUGUGACGAUGAAACCUGCGCCCUCGUGGUCGACAACGGCUCCGGCAUGGUCAAGGCCGGAUUCGCAGGAGACGACGCCCCACGAUGCGUCUUCCCCUCCAUCGUCGGCCGCCCCCGUCACCAGGGUGUGAUGGUCGGCAUGGGUCAGAAGGACGCCUACGUCGGCGAUGAGGCCCAGAGCAAGAGAGGUAUCCUCACUCUCAAGUACCCCAUAGAGCACGGUAUCAUCACCAACUGGGACGACAUGGAGAAGAUCUGGCAUCACUCCUUCUACAACGAACUCCGUGUUGCUCCUGAGGAAUCUCCCGUCCUCCUCACUGAGGCUCCCCUCAACCCCAAGGCCAACCGUGAGAAGAUGACCCAGAUCAUGUUCGAGACCUUCAACACACCUGCCAUGUACGUGGCCAUCCAGGCCGUGCUGUCCCUGUACGCCUCUGGUCGUACCACUGGUAUUGUGCUCGACACUGGUGAUGGUGUGACCCACACUGUCCCCAUCUACGAAGGUUAUGCUCUUCCUCAUGCCAUCCUCCGUCUUGACUUGGCUGGUCGUGACCUUACCGCUUACCUGAUGAAGAUCCUAACAGAGAGAGGUUAUUCUUUUACCACAACAGCGGAAAGAGAAAUUGUUAGAGAUGUAAAGGAAAAAUUGUGUUACGUUGCUCUUGAUUUCGAGGGUGAAAUGGCAACAGCUGCAGCUUCCUCUUCUUUGGAGAAAUCCUACGAACUUCCCGACGGUCAGGUCAUCACCAUAGGUAACGAGAGAUUCCGUGCUCCUGAGGCUCUGUUCCAGCCCUCGCUCCUGGGCAUGGAGUCCGUCGGCAUUCAUGAAACUGUAUACAAUUCCAUCAUGAGAUGCGAUAUUGAUAUCAGGAAGGAUCUGUUUGCCAAUAACGUCAUGUCUGGAGGUACCACCAUGUACCCUGGUAUCGCCGACCGCAUGCAGAAGGAAAUCACUGCCCUUGCCCCUUCCACCAUCAAAAUCAAGAUCAUUGCUCCUCCUGAGCGCAAAUACUCCGUGUGGAUCGGUGGUUCUAUCCUUUCUUCCUUAUCCACCUUCCAGGCAAUGUGGAUCACCAAGGAAGAGUUUGAUGAAUCUGGUCCAGGCAUCGUCCACCGCAAGUGUUUCUAAAGUUCUCCAAGUGUGUUGUACUGGUAAUAUCUUGAAUGAGUUGUCCCACCAUAUAUAGUCAUCCGAAGAUUAGUGCUGAAGGUAACCGUUAUAUAUGCAAGUGAGGAGUAACCAUGUAGUUACUGAAAUAAAAUCAAAUACAUGUCUGUAACAAAUCAAGCACCUGAGCAAAUGUGAAAAGUUCAGAGAGUUUCGACAACAGUCUAUAGCAUUUGAGCAAGUGUCCACAUACUUUUCGCAAACGGUUGUGGACUUUUGCGGUAAGGUAUUUAAUACACUUGUAAACGGAUACAUACUACUCCACUGUUAGGGCGACAGUUACCAGUUAUUUAUUACUGUAUCUCUUGAAUUAUAAUUGUUUGUCCUGAAUGUAAAAAAAAAGAAUUGUUAAUAAUAUGUGAAAGAAGUGUUUUUAAACCCGGCCAGUUAUUCAUAUAAAAUAGCAAUAAACAGAAAAGUAAUUUCCACAAAUCUGUAACCAGAUAAAGAUAAAGCAGUUUUCCUAAUAUGCUAUGGUAAUUACAGCAUGAAAGUUAACAUAGUUAAUCUGAAAUGAAAAAAAACAUCAACAAUAAUAUAUUCACUGAAAAAGUUGUUGCAUAUACAUGCUUUUGAUAUGACUUUCAUUGCCCUACUUUACAUUUGAUAGCAGAUGAUCCCAAAGUAUUUUUUCAAUCUAUCAGCUUUAGAUUUUCAAAUGUUUUUCACUGGACGUAAAAUCACAAAUUCAUUAAUCUAAAAGUCUAUUUCAUCAUCUGAUCACCAUCUAACUCCGAAACAAUAUAAAUUACAAAAAAAAUAAAAAUCUCAAUUUGCUUUUAUUCUUACUUAUUCUAUUUCUUACUUAUGGUAUUUCUGUAUCAAACAUCUAGUACCAUGGACUACCCUACGAAGCCCGACUCCUCCUCUGAGCCAAUGGUAACAAUAAGACAUUUGAGGAAUGAUGAGAAAAUUACUGUGCUAUUAAUUUUAAUGUAAAGGUAUAGCUUUUGUUAAUAAAACGUUGUAUACGAAACGUAUGAUAAAAUAAAACUGAGUAACAUAA